AUGGCCGAUAAAGGUUCAACCACAGUCUCAUACAAGGCCUUUUGUAUGGACGGCAUGCAACCCACUGCGAUACCCGAUAGCGUGUGGCCGAUGCCAGACAUGGCUGGCAACGACCUCACGGCACCAGGCGCGCCGAUAUUCGAUGCAAGUGUUUUUCGUUUUGCUGGCGACGAAGCGAUAGGGCUAUGCAUCUGCUUACAUCACAACGUUGUAGAUGCAUUCGGAUUCGCAGAGAUUGCCAAACUCUGGGCCAAAAACAUGGAUAGCCCGGAGCGAUUGACCCCCAUACCGACCCGUGACGGGCCUGAUCGGCUUAGACGACAUCUCUCCUCUGACCUCGAAAUCGCCUCGUCAAAAUCUCUCGACGCCCUCUUUGCUUCUCAUCCGGAAUUUUCCAGAAUCCCCCCAAACUUGCCUUCCGAGUUCCACCCUUGCGUCUGCAAGGUAUUUGGAAUACCGGUAUCCCAGGUUCAAUCUAUCAAGAAUCAGCUAAGCGGGCUCACCUCGACGACACCAACAACAAACGCCGUGGUUUGUGCUCUCAUCUGGAGUGCAAUCACAAGAUCCCGAGCUCGACGCAAUCCCAGUCUCCUCAACCAAACGAGCCGCUUGGUAACUGCUGUUAACGGCCGACCUCGUAUCAAUGCAAAUCUCUCGGGUGAAGGGGAGCCGUUCCUUGCAAAUCUCGUUCUUUAUGCCAUGGCCGCCAUCCCAGCACCGGACCUUGAUGUCUCUACUGAGAAAGGCCGUACACAAGUUUUGGCAAAGAUCUGCGAUGCCAUUUCUCAAUCUCAGGCACACAGUCAAAUCAACUCCCGUGGCAUUGCCGAAGUUUACAACUUGGUAGAGCGCGUGGGCCAUCAUGGGAACAUCCAUGUUGGCUGGGACUUGUUCAGCUCCCAGGACCUCACCAUCACAAGUUGGUCCGACCUCGAUCUCUACCAGGCAGACUUUGGUGUAGGACUUGGUAAGCCAGACUGUGUCAGGGUUCCAUGUUCUCAGGCGGAUGGCGUCGGCCUCAUACUGCCGAGAAAGUGGUCUGCUUCCACCAACGAUGGAUCUGAAGUGGUGGAAAUCAUGGUUAUGCUACGAGACGACGAUAUGAAUGUAUUGGAGGAUAUUUGGGAUAACCUUUUGGUACACGAACUUCACGUUGCCAUUGAGGCACGGGCUGAAACUUGA